CACUAUAUACUUUAUCGAAGCGUAUAACACCUAAUAAAAAGCUGGUGCAUGAGGGGGCUGGGAGUUCAAAAAUGAAUAGGUCAGGUGCCUGUCACUCUAGAUCUAGAUCACUGCAACGGUAUUGACAGGUGAUGGGUAUUGGUAGCUCCGCACCUCUGGGCACGGGCUUGUCACAGGCCAACUUCCAAAUUGAAAAUAAUACACAUAACCUCCUUUAGCCUGUCGAUUGUUGUUCAUUUUCUCUACGUGUUUUGGAUUAUUUUUUACUAUGAAGAGAAUCCUAAUUACUGGAUCUCCAGGAGUCGGCAAGACAACUCUUAUCAAGAAGAUUGCGGAAAAACUGAUAUCUGAAGGAAUUACUUGCAAAGGAUUUUACACUGAAGAAAUCCGACAAAAUAACUCUAGAAUUGGUUUUGAUAUAGUAACUUUGGCAGGAAACAGAGCCCCACUAGCUAGAAAAAGUUCUUCAACAAGCGACGAACGGUUACCAAGAGUAGGACAGUAUGUGGUCUACAUAAACGAAUUUGAAAAGUUAGCUUUGCCAGUUGUUGGAAACACAUCCUCUAAUGGCCUAUUAGUUAUUGAUGAAAUUGGAAAAAUGGAAUUGUUUAGUAAGAAGUUCAAGACUGCAGUCACAACUGUUAUGAAAACUAGAAAUUUGAAUGUAAUGGCAACUGUACCAGAAAAAAGUAAUAUCCUUUUAAUAACACAGCUGAAAGAAGACAAGGACAUUGAAUUGAUAACAGUAACCCCUACAAAUCGAAAUAGUCUUGAAGAAGUGUUACUGCAAAAACUUAUAUCUAAGGAUAAUUGAUUUUGGUCACUUUGCAUUCUAUCAACAUUUCACAAUUAAAAAUACAGCAUCCCUGACCAGAGCUGGCCAUAACAAUUUUGCACUUUGGUGUAAUCUGUGAGGAGAGGAUUAGAAAGUUAAAAGCUAUUGUUAAUUGAAGAGUAGAAAGAAGAAAAUUGCCAAUGCAAAGCAAUAUUGGAGAAAAAAAUGUUUCAUACAAUGUAAAAUUCAAUGUGUUUCAGACCAGGCAGACGCAUUUUGGACGUAUCACAUCCCUGCUCUUGUUGGACAUUUGGUGCCCACGUAUCCUCCAACA